AUGUGUGGUAUAUUUGGUUAUGUUAACUAUUUGGUUGAAAAAUCAAGAGGUGAAAUUAUUGAUACCCUUGUUGAAGGUUUAGAACGUCUAGAAUAUAGGGGAUAUGAUUCUACUGGUAUUGCUAUUGAUGGCGAUGAAGCAGGCGAGAGUCUUAUCUACAAGCAAAUUGGUAAAGUCAGUGAAUUGAAAAAAGAAAUUGCCAGAGCCAACCCAGAUAGAGAUGUCACUUAUGUUACCCAUUCAGGUAUUGCUCAUACAAGAUGGGCUACACAUGGUCAACCAAAACAAGUUAAUUGUCAUCCACAAAGAUCUGACCCAAAUAACACUUUUGUUAUUGUUCAUAAUGGUAUCAUUACUAACUUCAGAGAACUAAAAACUCUGUUAGUUAAUAAUGGUUUCAAAUUUGAAAGUGACACCGAUACCGAAUGUAUCGCCAAGUUAUAUAAGUUCAUCUAUGACACUAAUCAAAAAAAUGGUAAUGAGUUGGAUUUCCACGAGCUAACAAAAUUAGUUCUGUUAGAAUUAGAAGGUUCUUACGGUUUAUUAUGUAAAUCUUCUCAUUACCCAGGUGAAAUCAUUGCUACUAGAAAAGGUUCCCCAUUAUUAAUUGGUGUUAAGUCUGAAAAGAAAUUAAAGGUUGACUUUGUUGAUGUUGAAUUCGGUGAUGAUGCCAUCGGUAGACCAGAAACCCCAAUUUUAUCCACUAUCAGUGAAGAAGGUGAUGACAUUAGAUUGACAAAUGGUAACGGUAAAUUAGCUAACGGCAGAAAUUUAACUUUGAAGAAAUCUGAUCCAUUUGAACAACAUCAAGUCAAUGCUAAUAAAUUAAUGCCAAUUGCUCCAAAUGAGUUUAACUUAAGGUACUCUCAAUCUAGAGCUUUCUUAUCUGAAGAUGGUACUCCAAACCCAGUUGAAUUUUUUGUUUCUUCCGAUGCUUCUUCUGUCAUCAAACACACUAAAAAAGUAUUAUUUUUAGAAGAUGAUGAUUUGGCUCAUAUUUACGAUGGUGAAUUACACAUUCAUAGAUCAAGAAGAGAGGUAGGUGCCUCCAUGACAAGAUCAAUUCAAACUUUAGAAAUGGAAUUAGCUCAAAUCAUGAAGGGUCCAUACGCUCAUUUUAUGCAAAAGGAAAUUUACGAACAACCUGAAUCUACAUUAAAUACCAUGAGAGGCAGAGUUGACUUUGAUAACAGCAGUGUUAUGUUAGGUGGUUUGGCAGCUUGGUUACCUGCCAUCAGAAGAGCAAGAAAGCUAAUUAUGAUUGCUUGUGGUACUUCUUAUCACUCUUGUUUAGCAACAAGGGCAAUUUUUGAAGAAUUAUCAGAAACCCCUGUAAUAAUAGAAUUAGCCUCUGAUUUCUUGGACAGAAAAUCACCAGUUUUUAGAGAUGACGUUUGUUUAUUUGUUUCUCAAAGUGGUGAAACUGCUGAUUCCAUCUUGGCCUUGAAUUAUUGUUUAGAAAGAGGUGCAUUGACAGUUGGUAUUGUCAAUGCAGUUGGUUCUACUAUAUCAAGAAUUACCCAUUGUGGUGUUCAUAUCAAUGCCGGCCCUGAAAUCGGUGUUGCUUCCACAAAGGCUUACACUUCCCAAUUUAUUGCUUUAGUAAUGAUUGCACUAUGUCUAGCCGAUGACAAAGUUUCUCAAAUAGAAAGAAGAAAGGAUAUCAUAAAGGGUUUAAAAGCUAUCCCAGCUCAAAUCAAAGAAGUUCUAAACUUGGAACCACAAAUUAAAGAAUUAUGUGAAAAUGAAUUAAAGGAUCAAAAAUCUUUGUUAUUACUAGGAAGAGGCUACCAAUACGCUUCUGCAUUAGAAGGGGCAUUAAAAAUCAAGGAAAUUUCAUAUAUGCAUUCUGAGGGUAUUCUUGCCGGUGAAUUGAAACAUGGUGUUCUUGCAUUAGUUGACGAAGACUUACCAAUUAUUGCUUUUGCUACAAGAGAUUCUUUGUUCCCAAAGGUUGUCACUGCCAUUCAACAAGUUACAGCAAGAAAAGGCCAUCCAAUUAUUAUCUGUAACAAGGGUGAUGAAGUGUGGAAUGAGAAGACACACGAAGAUGAAUUAGCUAAAAUAGAAGUCCCACAAACUGUUGACUGUUUACAAGGUUUAUUGAAUAUAAUCCCAUUACAAUUAAUAUCUUAUUGGUUAGCUGUUAAUAAAGGAAUUGAUGUGGAUUUCCCAAGAAAUUUAGCCAAAUCUGUCACUGUUGAAUAG